GAAAUAUCACGAUUUCAAAUGUAUCUGCUGUUCAACAAAACGUGUCUGUCAAGUUCAAUGAUAGAUUUUAGUUGGAUUCAUUAAAAAAAACCAGCUGUCAAUGGAAAGGCAAAUAAAAGGAGUACCCGUUGUUUUUCUUCUUGAUACAUCAAGAAGUAUGAGAGGAGAAGGAUUUGCUCAAAUGAAAGAGGCCUUUCUAUCUAUGAUCCAAGGAUACGCAAACCAAUCCAAUGUAGGUCAUAGCGUUGCUGUCAUUGGUUUUGGAAAAGAAACAAAGAUUUUACAUCUCUACUCUAAUGAUUUUAAAAGGAUUCUACGCUUACUAGAUGAUGUCGUUUGUGAGGGACCAUCACAGUUAAUGAAGGCAUUGGAAUUAGCUAUAGAAGUCUUGUUUACAGUGCUUAACCACGGCAGUAUCGGGCCUUUCUGUAUAAGAGAAAAAGUAGUUAUAAUGUCAAAGGGGAGAGUAGCAGAUAAGAACGAUGUAAUGUACAUGGGAGAGAAUAGACACGAAAAACUAAAGAUAGUACAUUUGGCAGGACAAAUUGGAACACGACAUCCUAUUAUUUGUAUACCAGUUGGUACAAAUCCAGACAUAUGUUUUUUAGAAUCCCUAGCAUGUUCAUCUAAAACUGGAAAACUGUUAAGCCCAGAGGGAGUGGUACAGUUUACAAAAUACUCAUCAAAUAUGGUAAUCGCAUCUGAAGUCAUUGGCAAUAUUCCAACAACAGGUUACUCUGUUGAUGACGUUAAAGCAGCAGUAGAGGCUUUAGAAGGAUCCCGAAAUAUAACUAAGAAGGAUGUGGACGAUAUAUAUGAAAUAUUGACACACAGACAUAUGUACCAGAUAAACAGUUUCUCAAGAGAUACAAUUGAGACAGAUUUACAUAGUGAAGGGAAUCCUAAGUUGCCACCUAUUGGAACACGUGUUCGGAGAGCUCCUAACUGGCCAUAUAAUGGCCAGGACUCCAAUACGUGUGGAACAGUCGUUGGACACAACCAUAGAGAUCUCAAUUUGUCCAUAGAGUGGGACACAGGCAUGAUUUUUCCCUAUCACUUUGACACGGAUGGUGACCUUGGAAGAUCAAAUGUUGUCGUCUGUGACGAACCUAGAAUACUACAAAGAGAAAAGAUUGCCGUCGGCUGUCUUGUUCAAAGAGGUCCAGACUGGAAGUGGUUUGACCAAGAUGGAGGAGAGGAUAAUAUUGGAUCGGUGUACAGGGUGAAAAAAGACAACACUGUUCAUGUACGAUGGCCUAAUGGAAACAAAAGCAACUAUAGAUUUGGAUAUGAUGGGAAAUAUGAUGUUUCAAUUUGUGACCCAUUUGACGAAGUCAUUAGAAGAAGAAUUGAAGAACAACAAAAAGGCUGGCAAAAAAUAAUAAAUGAUUCAAAGAAGGUCGUGUCAAAUGAUGGUAUAGGAAUAAGCUUCGGCAAAGAAGGGGGAAACAAUACUCUGACAAUCACAAUCGGCAUUGGCAGGGGGAUGGUGGAAACUGGCGACCGUGUAAUAAAAGCUUCUGAAAACGUGUUAGAAAUGAAUGACUCGUCAGAUGAAGCUAGGAGAGAAAGCCGGGCAAUUGAAUAUAAAGACGAGGCUUCUGGGGGUGGGGAGGAUACAGAUUUGAAUAAUGAGGACAAUAACGAUGUGUGGCAAUGGAGAAAUGGACAAGGCAAUUGGGCUUCCUAUCCAAAAUCUGAAAAUGAUAAAAUCGAAAAGGCUUACGAAAAAAAUAGCAGGGGCACAGUUCUGGUGAGGUUAAACGGAGAUUUGUAUAGGGUGGUGCUGUCUAAGAUGAUUCAAAUCAACAUCAGUAGCCGAGAGUCGCAGGAGAUAAGACGUCUCAGUUGACGGGUUCAUUGUUGGAUGUCACAUUUGUCACUGUUAUAUUUUACCUUGUGUUACAUCGUUUUUAGUGAGCCUUACUCAGGAUAUAUUUUGAAAGAAGGAGAUAUUUAACUGAUAUGAAAGCAUUGCAUUAAUUAUAGCAAAUGAGUUUAUUUUUUAUUUUCUUACAUGUACUAUUACUUUAUGGAUCAGAAAAAGACCCCCAACUGGUUUUGCAAUACAUGUAUAUCACAAAAACAAAUAGCAUAUAAUAUAAAAAAAAAAAAGCAUGAAGGAUAUCAUUUAAAUGUUCCUGCGAUAACUAAUAUGGAUGUGUUAUUUAGAUGUAAAAAUGAUUGUAUUGUAUCUAAUAAAGGAAAGCUUA